GGUGAAGCCGAGCUGGACUGGCGGAAGUGACGUUAUAAACCUGCGCCGGGAGCUCUGGAGGGUCGGCCAGGGUCGCCGCGGCGGGGGCCAGGGCCGCCGGCCGUUAGACGAGGCCUCCGCAGGUGGUGUUGGCGUCAGCCGUGGCCCCAGGGCAGCGUCUUGGUGUGAAGAGAACCGAGAGCUGCAGGAGUUGCUGUUAGGUUGCGCUGGGGAUGCUCCUGGGAGAGACCAGCUGCUGAGGCAGCGCCAGUGCAGAGGCUGUCGACUUGCCCAGAAGAAAGGGAUCGCCAUGGAUCAGAACAACAGCCUGCCGCCCUAUGCUCAGGGCCUGGCCUCCCCGCAGGGCGCCAUGACUCCUGGAAUCCCUAUCUUCAGUCCGAUGAUGCCGUAUGGCACAGGGCUGACUCCACAGCCCAUUCAGAACACCAACAGUCUGUCCAUUCUGGAGGAGCAGCAACGGCAGCAGCAGCAGCAGCAGCAGCAGCAGCAGCAGCAGCAGCAGCAGCAGCAGCAGGCAGCAGUGACGACAGUGACAGCCGCAGUGCAGCAGUCAGCGUCCCAGCAGGCUCCUCAGGGGGCCUCAGGACAGACACCACAGCUCUUCCACUCACAGACUCUUACCACUGCACCCUUGCCGGGCACCACACCCCUGUACCCCUCGCCCAUGACCCCCAUGACCCCCAUCACGCCUGCCACGCCAGCCUCUGAGAGCUCGGGGAUUGUGCCACAGCUGCAAAAUAUUGUAUCCACAGUGAAUCUGGGUUGUAAGCUUGACCUGAAGACCAUUGCACUUCGUGCCCGAAAUGCUGAAUAUAAUCCCAAGCGGUUUGCUGCGGUCAUCAUGAGAAUAAGGGAGCCCCGGACCACAGCCCUGAUCUUCAGUUCCGGGAAAAUGGUGUGCACGGGUGCUAAGAGGCCUGGCCCUGGCUGGUUGGCUCAGCUGGUUGGAGUGUCAUCUCGUACACGGAAAGGUGGCAGGUUCUGUUCCUGGUCAGAGCACAUACCUGGACUGCGAGUUCGAUCCCCGGUUGGGGCGUGUACAGGAGGCAACUCAUCAGUGUUUCUCUCUCACAUUGAUGUUUCACUCUCCCUUUCCCUUCCUACCUCUCUAAAAAUCAACUUUUAAAAAUCCAUAAAAAAAUAAAACUUAGGCAAGACUUUUGGACAUAUGUUACCAUUGCUUAUUUCCCUACAAUUCAGUUGCAUUUUAUGUGUUUUUGGUAAAAUAUUACAUCACAACUAUUAAGGAUUCCUUUAUGUAAAAAAUUUUAUAUAUAACACAAAUUCAUGCCCAAGGGGGAAAAAUCUGCCUAGGGAUGAGGAGAGAGCCGCAGACCCCCUUGGCUCUGGCAGUGACGUGGUGACAGGUGCCGCUGCCCUCGUGGGGAAUGGUGUUGAUUCUGACAGUCUGAGUUGUGCGCCUUCGUGUCAGAUGCUGUUGCCUGUGCUCUGCCUCAGUGUGCAGUGAGCCCCUCUGCGAAGGCCUUGACUAGUCUAAGCCUAACAGCCCACAGACUUGGUAGGAGACACAAGGAGGGGGAUUAAACAGAAGUGAAGUAAAUAAACUCCAAAAAUAAAAGGUGAUUGAUGCACUUGCAGGUGUUAAUGUAGAGAGGGGCUGUGGAGCUUUUGCUAAUUCUGAACUUGAAAGUCGUCUUUUAAGGAAGCCAUGGGUGUGGACAUUCUGGCUCUGGUCUCAAAGUGUUUUCGAAGGCGAGACAUGGGGUCUGCCCUGGCUCCACGUCCCUCUUCAUUUUGGCGUCUUUACCAGCUUGUUUUACUUGGGACGCGGCUGGGGAACGUGGGGUUUUCCAGUGGAUGCUCCAUGUGUUGCUUUCACCGCAGGCACGCUGUCUUGUACCUCACAAGGAGCAGUGGGUAUCUGUGUGGGUGACUUUUCUCAAGAUAAGAAGUCAUAAAUACAUUUAUUAUUAUUAAAGAAAAAAAAGGCACUGUGUGUACUGUUACUUUUUGUCAUUCCUGACCCUGUACCCGAGAGUCUUGUUUAGGAUGGUAUCGUUGCUCUCAUUCUCCGUGUUCUACAUAAGCUCUGCGUUCUGAGUCAGUUUUAUCCAACUGGUGAGUUAUAGAAAUGGACAUAAAAUAGGGGAGAACUAGUGUGUGCAUUCUUUAAGUACAAACCUCACCAGUAUUUUCUUAUCAAAAUGAAGCUUGUUCAUUUUCUCUCAGUAGGAAUUUGUGAGCUAAAACACAAAAGCAGUGGUCAUGAUGGUGACUGUAUGCGCACAUCUGUAAACCCCGGGGGCUGGCAGUAAUGGGGUGCAUUGGAAAGGUGAUCAUUUUGGUAGGCCUAGUUUCCUAAAUUUGUUUGUGUCUGCAUUUCUCUUUUCUUAUUGGGAAGGGGUGACCAGUUCAUACUUUGUAAAGUGACUCAUUUAAAUAACUAUUUUAGCUGGCUCUGAGUAUGAAUAGCUCACUUUU